AUGCGUUCUUUCUUGAGCUUCGUCACUCUUUCCGUGGUCGCCAGCGCCUAUGCUGCAAUUGGCCCCAACGCCAACUUACACAUAGCUAAUGGCCCUAUCUCGCCAGAUGGCUUCGACCGAGUUGGUGUUCUUGCCGGUGCUGACGCGAACUCGCUCUCCUUCCCUGGUCCGCUCAUCACUGGUAACAAGGGCGAUACAUUCCAGCUGAAUGUCAUUGAUGCUUUGACCGACACGACCAUGUUGACCAGUACUUCCAUCCAUUGGCAUGGAUUCUUCCAAGCAGGAACCAGCUGGGCCGACGGUCCUGUAGGGGUUACUCAGUGCCCCAUCUCUCCAGGCAAUUCCUUCCUGUAUCAGUUCAGCGCUCAGGACCAGGCGGGUACUUUCUGGUACCACUCUCACGAUUCUACUCAAUAUUGUGACGGUCUCCGUGGUGCUUUCGUCGUUUACGAUCCCGACGACCCGCAUAAAAGCCUCUACGACUUUGAUGAUGAGUCCACGGUCAUUACGCUCGCCGACUGGUAUCAUACCCCCGCUCCAUCCGCUGGUCUUGUCCCAACUCCGGAUGCCACCCUCAUCAACGGUGUUGGUCGCUACGCCGGCGGCCCAACUGUCCCCCUCGCAGUUAUCACCGUCUUACCCAACAGGAGGUAUCGUUUCCGCCUGGUCUCCACCUCUUGCGACCCGAACUAUGUGUUCUCCAUUGACGGACACAGCAUGACCAUCAUCGAAGUCGACACCGUCAACACUGAGCCCCUCACCGUCGACUCGAUCCAGAUCUUUGCCGGGCAGCGCUACUCGUUCGUGCUGAACACCAACCAGCCUGUGGACAACUACUGGGUCCGCUCGGAGCCCAACAUCGGCACGCAAGGCUUCGCCGGCGGGAUCAAUUCUGCCAUUUUGAGAUAUUGGGGCGCAGACGAGGUGGAUCCGACGACGACAUCAUCGCUUAGUAAUCCGAUGCUCGAGACGAACCUCCGCCCGCUGUCCGGCGCGCCCGCUCCCGGCGUCCCGGAGGUCGGCGCGGCAGACGUGAACAUCAACUUGGCCAUUGCGUUCAGCUUUGCAGACCUCGAGUUCACUGUCAACGGCGCGACGUUCCACCCACCGACUGCUCCCGUUCUGUUGCAGAUCAUGAGCGGAGCCAAGACCCCGCAGGACCUGCUCCCGGCUGGUUCCAUCUAUGUCCUCCCGCCGAACAAGGUCAUCGAGCUCUCUCUGCCUGGAGGAUCUGUUGGAAGCCCUCACCCUAUCCAUCUGCACGGCCACGUUUUCGACGUUGUUCGCAGCGCUGGCAGUUCUACUUACAACUACGCCAAUCCCAUCAAACGUGACGUCGUGAGCAUUGGCGAAGCUGGUGACAACGUCACCAUCCGGUUCACCACCGACAACCCGGGACCGUGGAUCAUGCACUGCCACAUCGACUGGCAUCUGGAAAUUGGUCUUUCCGUCGUCUUUGCCGAAGAUGUUGAUACCGUCAACCUGGUCGAUCCUCCUACCGCUUGGGACCAACUCUGCCCCCUUUACGACGCGGCUUUCCCAUCUACAUAA